UUUGCAGCUGCCCACUUUUGUUACGGCCAUUAAAAUUGUAUUGAUAUCUUGGUGAUCUCUGGCUAAAAUACACCACAAAAUGCCUGGAUCGGGUGGCAAAACAUUGAAGAAAGAGUACCUUGAUCCGUCGACUACUUCACAGGAUUCUCAGCCAUCCCCUCUGGCCCUCCUCGCAGCAACCUGUAGCAAAAUUGGCGACCCUCAACGCGAUAAAACAGCCGCAGCUCAACCACAGCAGCAGAUACGUUAUGUUCAACAACAUCAAUAUGUCCAGACGUCCACAGGAGAGUUCCAGCUGCAACAGCAAAUGGUCCCAGUUGCCCAAGUUUCAGAGCCUACAAAGAAUCAAUCUCAAGCUGCCCAACCGUGUGCCCAACAAAUUCCUCAAUCUGCUCAAAUUAUACAAUCCUCCCAGUUGGUGAAUCCAUUUAAUUUCCUUCCUCAACAAGCAGUCCAAACUGUGAAACUUGACAAUGGCAUUGAGGCGAUCGUAAUCCCACAAACUCCGACACCAAUGAUGACACCUACAACUCCCCAAGUUCUGACAUCCCCUAGUCAGCAACCAAUGGGAGCUCAAGCACAGCUUGUUCAAACGCCUCAAGGAUUGGUAAUUGCUCCUUCAGCUCAGAUUGGACAAGCAGGACAGAUCAUACAGAAUGUACCGAAUGUGCAAGGAAUACAAAUGAUGGGGGUACAACAAGGACUCCAGGGGAAUAUGAUAGCACUGGCUCAGAACCCACAAAACUUUAUGCAAACAUUACAGAUGAUGCCUCAACAAGUCCAGCAGAUGGUUUCAAUACAGAUCCCAGUCUCUACUGCAAAUGGACAAACAAUUUUGCAGAGUGCGCAGAUUCCUCUCUCGGCAUUACAGCCACAAACCCCAAUGACUCCAAUGCAAGGGGGCUUUCAAGGUCUUAUUCCUCAAGUUGCGCAACAGGUUGUGCAAUUAACUCCACAACCUCAGCAGGUUGUGCAAGCCUCUACUGAGAUCACACAACCAAGCACAACCCAAAGUUGCACAACCCAAAGCAGCCCACCAAAUGAAAGCACAACCACUGGUUCAACCACACCACCAUUACAAACUAUCCAACAGCAGCCUUAUCCCUUGCAACUUUUUGCAUCACCAACUGGAGCAAAACCUGGACAGUUGGUCAUAUCCAGCCUUGCUACACAGCUGGCACAGCUACCAGGUACCCCUAUCAACAUACAGGGAUCCCAGUUGGGUUCACAAGGGUUUACAAACAUCAACCAGGUUCAAACUCCAGGAAAGCCAAGCACAGCUGUUACACAGUCAGCUACAUCAGUUGUUGGAACCCUUCCUCAGAGUAUUGUUAGUUCAUCAGUAAACAGUUCUGUGAGUCAGCAGCUCACACAACAGUCUUCACAAGUAGCACCCCAGGUGACCCAAACAGCCAAAUCCAAAGGGAAUCUUGGGCAACUUCAAACCCGGCAACAAACAAGUGUGACACAGGGGCAAAAAACAAAUGUAGUUCAGGAGCAACAAGAGAAUGUAGGCCAGGGGCAACAAGCAAAUGUAGGCCAGGGGCAACAAGUGAAUGUAGGCCAGGGGCAACAUGUCAAUGUAAGCCAAGGACAUCAAGCAAAUGUAGUCCAGGGGCAGCAAUCAAAUAUAAUUCAGGGACAACAAGCAAAUGUAGGCCAGGGGCAACAAGUGAAUGUAGUUCAGGGGCAGCAAGGAAAUGUAGUCCAGGGGCAGCAAGGAAAUGCAGUCCAGGGGCAGCAAGGAAAUGUAGUUCAGGGGCAGCAAGUGAGUACAGUCCAGGGGCAGCAACCAGGUAUAGUCCAGGGGCAGCAACAAGUAACUAUAGUCCAAGGCCCACAGGGUCAACAAAUAAUCCAACAAGCAGUUACCCCUGCCCAAAUCCAGCCUGGAACUCCUAACCAGUUUAACUUCAAUCAUAAUAUGCUGGCUCAGAAUCCCCUAAUGCAGGCCAUAGGGGGGCAGAGCUUUGCCCAGUUUCAACCAAUGAGCCCCUUUAUUCAACCAAUCAAUAUAUCACAAAAUGGUAAAAUUCAGACUGUGCAGCAGAUAUCUUACCCUAACAUACAAAAUCAGGUGUCAGGCCUACAAGGGAUCCAGUCCAUACCUGGCACUCCCCAGCCAACACAUUUCAUCAACACAAAUGGACAGAUUGUGAGUUUACCUGUCGCUGCAACUCCAGGGACACCAGCCACUGCAGCAGUUCCACAAUGGAGUCCUGGAUCUCAAGGGAAUGUUAAAAGUACAGUUGUGACUACACCCCAGACUCCCCAGUCUGCAGCCUGGCCCUCAUCAACUCAGCAAGUGUCUAUGCAGUAUGGGCAGCAAGAGAUUCAACUACAACAACUUCAACAAGAUCCUAAUGAUCCCACUAAAUGGACAAUUGUUACAAAUCCUAAAUCUCCUGAUGAUACCGCAGAUCAGAGUGAACCUCCCGAGACACCAUCCCAAGUGAUAAGUGCUGAUAUCACACCAGGCCGACGUCUGCGACGUGUAGCUUGUACUUGUCCCAACUGUAGAGAUCCAGAUGGAAAUUAUAUAAAUAAAGAAAACAAGAAAAAGCAACAUAUUUGCCACAUUCAAGGAUGUAAUAAGUUGUAUGGGAAAACGUCACAUCUACGAGCCCAUCUUAGAUGGCAUAGUGGUGAGAGGCCAUUUGUGUGUAGCUGGUUGUUUUGUGCUAAAAGAUUCACUAGGUCUGAUGAGUUGCAGAGACAUAGACGAACACACACAGGUGAGAAGAGGUUUGAAUGUCCCCAGUGCAAUAAGAAGUUUAUGAGGAGUGAUCACUUGUCAAAACAUGUCAAGACACAUCGCAGCACAUCAGAAGGAGCAUAUGAUACGAGUGUGGCGCUUAAAGAAGAGGCAAUGACUCUUGGUCUUGUUGCUGAUGUACCCUCCACUUCGAAUGAUGAGACUUCAGAUGGAACAACCAAUCAGAAAACAGAGGAAAUUCAAUCUAUGACAUAUUAGCAGCCAGUGGUGAUCCAUUCAAAUGUCGCCUGAUAUGUGACUGUAAGUGUCGCAAAUAAGGAUGUACACAUAUUUGUCAUACACUAAAAUGACAGAUAAUUUUCACUUGAUCUGAAGAUUAUCCCAGGACAAGAAAA